AUGCAAGAUCAGAAGCAAACCACCAACUCAAUCGUCUUCGAAGUUGAAAUCAAGGACCAAGUACCCUCACUUCAAACUGCUGUGCCAGAGAUCAAGAAGAAGCUUGAAGAAGCUGCCUACAUGAGAGCCGCAGCAGGUCCAGCUGUCACCUUGGAGCAGAUUUCUGAGAAGCUCAAGAGAGCCGAGGAGAAGAGAAGAUAGACCAUUACUGUUGUCUAGGACUCGAAGCUGAACCGUGAGAGACGCAGAAUCGGUGCCUUUGAGAGAAGAAUUUCUGAGGAGAGAGUCCAUUAAGACCAAUUGAAGGAGAAACUUGAGACCUAUUUGAACAAGGCUGUUGAAAAACGACUCACUGUCAGAGAGCAGAGAAUGCAGAAACUUAGAAAUCACAUCUCAAGAGUAGAGGAGAUCAGAACUCAACUCGCUGUCAGAAGAAACACCUCAGCUGAAGCUAAGAGAAUUGAGAUCUACAAGAGGCUUGAUGAGGCUAGCCUCAAGAGAGAACAACAACUUGUUAGCAAGAAGAUCACUGCCAUGAAAUCUGCUGAAAAGAAGAAGACCAACAAUGACUCUGCCAAUGCUUAAACCAACCUAGCUGAACUCAACCUCAACCAUCAACAAUGA